AUGUCCUUCCUCGCAUCCGGCCGCGGCCGCCUCCUCCGGGUGCUCCCCGCAAGGCGACACCGUCCGCCGCCGCGAGGAGGGUACGCGGCGUGCUUCCGGCGGUGCAAGGCGCACUUCUUGCUCGAUGGAGUCGAGGAUGCGGCUGAGAGCCCCGCCGAGCUGGAGCGGCCACCACCGGUGUCUCUGGCGAAAAGCCUGGCCUCCCUCGCCGAGGAGUCGGCCGUCGUCACUCAGAAGCAGAGGAAGCCCCUGUCGCGGAUGGAGCAGAAGAGGCUGGCCGAGCUCCGGAUCAAGAAAAGGGUCAAGGGGCAGUAUCUGAACGGCAAGUUUCAUGAUGUCAUGGCUAACGUGGUGGCCACCACUGAUACUCUGGAGGAUGCUUAUGAAAUUGUGCGGCUCAAUUCAAAUGUCGACCUAGCUUCUGCGAGAGACGACGUUUGCUUUGCUGCAUUGGCGGAGCAGCUCAGGGCUGGUGAGUUUGAUGUCAGAGUGAACGUUUAUUCAGUGGUUUCAAAGAGCCGAGAAGGAGGGCGGCUUGUUCUACCACGGUUGAACUUGAGAGUUAUUCAGGAAGCAGUAAGGGUGGUGCUUGAGGUUGUUUACAGGCCCCAUUUCUCAAAGAUAUCACAUGGAUGUCGGAGUGGCAGAGGGCAUCAGUCAGCUCUGAGGUUCAUAUCCAAUGAAAUUGGGGUUCCAGAUUGGUGCUUUACUAUCCCCAUGUACAAAGAAGUAGAUGUCAAUGUUUUCUCUAAGAUUAUCUGUCUAAUACAGGAAAAGAUCGAUGACUAUCAGUUAGUUACAUUCAUGCAAAAUAUGUUUGAUGCAGAGGUGAUCAACUUGAUAUUUGGAGGGUUUCCUAAAGGGCAUGGACUUCCUCAAGAAGGAGUACUUGCACCUAUCCUAAUGAACAUAUACCUUGGCAGUUUUGACUGUGAGGUGUUUAGGAUUUGCAUGAGGCAUGAAGGCCUUGGUUCGGAGGCAGAAGGUGUUUCAAACAACCAGGAGUCUAAUUUGCGCCACUGGUUUCGAAGUCAAAUUUCAGGCAUGAAGGACAGGGAGGAAAACAGUGAUGCUCAAACAGAUCGUCCACUAAAAACAAAACUUUAUGCUUGUAGAUACAUGGAUGAGGUCUUUGUUGCAAUUGUUGGAUCCAGAGAUACUGCAGAAGAUAUAAAAUCAGAAAUGGUUGCUUAUUUAAGAAAUAUACUAUCCCUGGAAGUUGAUGACAGGUUGUAUCUUAUGCCGGUCAGAAGGAAUUCCCUGGGGUUACAGUUUGCUGGUACUAUGGUAAGAUUUACAAGAAAGGAAAAUGAUGCACUGAAAGCUGUGCAUAAGCUGAAGGAGAAGGUUCGUUUGUUUGCUUCUCAGAAGCAAGAGAUAUGGGAUGCUAUGAAUCUUAGGUUAGGAAAGAAGUGGUUGGCAUAUGGUUUAAGAAGAGUAAAGGAGUCUGAAAUCAAGUCACUUGGUCUUAGUACGCCAUUGAUGGAUCACAUUGUACAGUUCAGAAAAGAGGGUAUGAAGACCGAUCAUUGGUUCAAAACUUUACUGAAGGUAUGGAUGCAGGAUAUCAAUGCUAAAAGUGAAGCUGAUGAGAGUAUGCUCCUGUCAAAAUACAUUGCUGAACCAGCACUUCCACAAGACCUCAAAGAUGCAUUCAACAACUUUCAGAAGCAAGCCAAAGAUUAUAUCUCAUCAGAAACUGCUGCUACUGAAGCAUUGUUGUCCAACUUAAAGGAUAAAGAAUUAGCUAUUACCUGCACUGCUGAUGUUGUCAUUAAGAUCCAUGCUCCUCUUAGAUAUAUCCAAAAGUGCCUUAAUCGCUAUGGUCUAAUAAAUCUUGAAGGUUUCCCUAAGCAUGUUUCAACCCUUGUUUUGCAAGACGAUGAGCUAAUCAUAAGUUGGUUUGCAGGAAUAAUUCAACGUUGGAUGAGAUGGUUCUCUGAGGUUGACAAUUUUAAAGAACUUAAGCUUAUGUUGGUUGAAUGUGUCAGGAAAUCUUGCAUUAGGACAUUAUCGGCAAAAUACCGAAUGUAUGAGAAAAUAACAGAAAAGCGAUUUGAACUUGAUGAUUAUGGUAUUCCAAUGGUCGAGGACUUUGAGGCAAUAAUGGCACCUUUAGAAUCUAAUUCGUUGGUUUGUGCUGAUGAAGCUCUGAUGUAUGGCAUUUCUAGUAGUGGGUUAUUUGUGCUCACCCUCUCAAGAGUUAGAGUUCCUUCUCAGCAAUUUAACUGCUUUGUCAUGGGAUGCCAAUCUGCUUCACCGAGUAUGUAUGUUCUUCAUGUGAAGGAAAGACAGCGGUUUCCAGGAUGGAGGACAGGUUUCUCAUCAUCGAUUCAUGGCAGUUUGGAUGGUAGACGUGUUGGAUUGUGCACUCAACAUGUUAAAGAUUUAUAUCUAGGAAACAUCUCCCUUCAAUCAGUUGACUUUGGUGUGCUGAUUAGAUGACUCUUUAGAAAAUACCUGAAGUUUUUGUAGCUUUUGUACGAAAGCUUUGUACAGAUCUGCAUAAUAGCAUAUUUAAUGUUUGCAAGAGCUAGUAUUUAUGAUCUAAUGGUAAUGCUUCAGAAAUUUUGCAGAUUUAUCUACAUAGUGUGGG